UAAAUUUUAUUUCACUACUACAGUCAAAUGCCCUUCACACAUUCACUUGUUGAUUUCAUCUCAUUUCUGAAUUAAUAUAUAUAAAGAAAAAAAUUCCUCCUUACUAUCUUAAUUUUUUUUUUGAUCUCUCUCUCCAAUUUUCUUAAAUCUCUUUCUCACCCAAUACAAUAUAAUUAAAUAUCAUAUUUUUAUCCCUCUAUUAAAUAUCUUGACAUAAAUAUAUAUCCUUAAUAUUCUAAUACUCUAAUAUUCCAACAUCUUAUUUCUAUCCCUCUAUCACUUUUUACCCUAUAAAUACUUUAACAAUGGUCUCAAAAUCUGAUAUCAAACCAGCAGCCACCUGGAGAUUGGAAAAGGCUAAACAAAGAAUGUUGAAAUUGCAACAACAAAAGAAAAAAGCUGCAGAAGCUGCAAAUCACUCCUCUGAUCUACAAUUCCAUUCUCCCAAUAACGAUAUCUCUCCUCAAAUUGACAACAACAAUAUAAUAGACUCUCAAAUUCACAGCGAAAGUGAAGACGAGCUCUCCAAUCCAAACCUAAGAAGAUCAGUUCACAAAGAAACUCUUGAUUCCCUUACAAGCUCUGCAAGUAGUCUGAUAUCUUCUUUCACCCACUCUGAUGAAUUCACUUUCACUGAUUCUAAAAUAAAUUCAAAUUCAACUUGUUCAAGUGUCUCCUUGAAUUCUUACUAUGAUUCUACUGUAGCUGGCUCCACCUCAAGUGUCUCAACUUAUAGCUCAUCCACUACUGAUUCUUUUAACAACGAGUAUUCUAUUGGCUUGCUUACAAACAACAUAUCAAACACCAAUACCAACAAUGUCAAUAGCAACAACAAUAAUACCAAUAAUAAUAAUCACUCCUCUUUCUCUUCAAUAAGCAAUCACAACAGCAUAACAAAAUCUUUAGGCUCUUCAUCUUCUGCUUCUCAUGAAAAUGUUGUUAAACCUUUAAUAGUGAGAAACAAUCGCUCAAUCAUGGGUUUUGAAGAACAAUUAAUUUCUUAUCCUUAAAAGUAAUAAAUUAAAAAAGAAUAAAAAAAAAGUGAUUUUAUCUUUAAUUUUCAAUUUUUUUUUGUUUUUUGUUUUUUGUUCUUGUUUUGC